GGCUGCGGCAACACGGCGUGAACGCGCCUGGUCGACGUGAACGCGCCUGGUCGACGUGAUGUAGCCCGGCAGCCCCGUCCUCUCUCUCGACGUGAACGCGCCUGGUCGACGUGAUGUAGCCCGGCAGCCCCGUCCUCUCCUCUCCUCUCCGCUCCUUAGCGCACCAUGCCGGCGGGGAUGAAGCCGCUGGAGAAGUUCCUGAAGAAGCAGAGCCGCGCCGGAGCUCUGGACAAGGCCGGCGGGGGGAGCGCGGCGUCGCGGCGAAGGGCCAGCCUGUCCCGGGUGGUGCCGUUCUUCAGGGAGACGUCUCCGGACGGAGGGCAGGCCCGGGAGGUGUUCAGUCCUGACAGCGAAGACCUUCCCCCCUGGCCCUCCGCCGCCGCCCCCGUUAACGGCUCGGCCUGCGGAGACGUCCGGAGUCCGUCCUUGUCCAGCGACGAGCAGAGUUCAGAGGCCAGCCUGGUGGUGGUGGACGGGGGCGGGGGCGGGGGCGGGGCCUCGCUUCCCGCCGACACGCCCGAAAACAUCACCCUCGCCCUGCUGGACACCGUCACCGGACUACGCCACGGACACUGCGCCGAGACGCUGUUGGAUGACUUCAUGUUGACCCAUCCCAUCUUCCUGACGGCAGACACCUUCCAGCAACUUCUACUGCAACAAUUUAGUGUGAACACGGGGGAGGGGCCAGGUGGGGAGCAGGAUGACAGAGGAGGGGCGGGGCCAGACGGGGAGGCGGGGCCUGCGCUGGAGGGCGUGCACAAGAAGCGGGCGGUGCUGAGCGUCGCCUUUCGAUACCUGGACAUGUACCGAGACUUCCUGCAGGAGGACGGCGACAAAUUCCCCAAGGAGUUGUACGUGUGUGCACUGGAGGAGCUGAGCCGUCAUCCUGAGUUGGUGGACGACGUGGUCAAACUGCAACGCUGGACAGAAAUGUUCAACUGCCCCUGUGACGAGGAGAAGGAGAGCAGGAGGAAGCAGGUGCGACCGCUCUUCCGACACUUUCGCCGCAUCGACGCCUGUCUGCAGCCCAGGGAGGCGUUCAGGGGCUCGGACGAGAUCUUUUGCAGGGUUUACACUCGCGACCAUUCCUACGUCACCAUCCGCAGUCGCCUGUCCUGCCGAGUGGGAGACAUCCUGGCUCUGGUGCGAGAGAAGCUGCAGUACAGCGACGAGCAGCCACUUCUUCCUGGGAACCUCAUCUUGGUGGCCGUCACCUCCGCUGGAGAGAAGGCGGUGUUCCGCCCCAGCGACGAGGCCGUCUUCACCACCCUGGGAGUCAACACACACCUCUUUACCUGCCAGCCCUGCGAGCUGGACUCACUGCUCCCACUUCCUGAGGAGAUCCACUGGACGCCAGGGGACAGCAAACUUCACGACAUGUCAGCAGAAGAAGUGGCCAACCAGCUGGUGGCUUUCGACUGGGAGCUCUUCAGCUGCGUGCACGAGGUGGAGUUUGUGUGUUACGUGUUUCAUGGAGAGCAGUCCCGCUGGCGCCCCCUCAACCUGGAGCUGGUACUGCAGCGCUGCAGUGAAGUCCAGCACUGGGUGGCCACUGAGAUCCUGCAGUGUCAGUCCUUGCCCAAACGUGUCCAACUACUCCGCAAGUUCAUCAAGAUCGCAGCACUGUGUAAACAACAGCAGGACCUUCUCUCCUUCCUGGCUGUGCUGCUUGGACUGGACAACCCCGCCCUCAGCAGACUGCGACUCACCUGGGAGGCCCUUCCAGGAAAGUUCCGGAAACAGUUCCAACAGUUUGAAAGCAUCACUGAUCCUUCCAGAAACCACAAGUCCUACAGAGACCUGAUCACCAGUCUCAGUCCUCCAUUGAUCCCCUUCACUCCUCUGCUGCUAAAAGAUUUGACGUUCCUUCACGAGAGUUGUAAAACUUUUCACAGCCAGCUGGUCAACUUUGACAAGAUGCACAAAGUGGCCGACAUGGUGCGCAACAUCCGAAGAUACCGCAGUGGACAGCUGGCCAUGGAUACGGAGACAUCGCCAUCCCACCUGCAGACCAAAGCGUACGUGCGACAGCUGCAGGUCAUCGACAACCAGAACCUUCUCUUUGACUUGUCUUGCAAACUGGAGCCCAGAGACUCCUAGGGACUCAGAGACACUCCUUAGGAACUGGGAGAGACUCCUCAGGGACUGGGAGAGACUCCUUAGGAACUGGGAGAGACUCCUAGGGACUCAGAGACACUCCUUAGGAACUGGGAGAGACUCCUCAGGGACUGGGAGAGACUCCUUAGGAACUGGGAGAGACUCCUAGGGACUCAGAGACACUCCUUAGGAACUGGGAGAGACUCCUUAGGAACUGGGAGAGACUCCUUAGGAACUGGGAGAGACUCCUUAGGAACUGGGAGAGACUCCUAGGGACUCAGAGACACUCCUUAGGAACUGGGAGAGACUCCUUAGGAACUGGGAGAGACUCCUUAGGAACUGGGAGA